AUGAAUGCUACUCGCCAACUGAUGACUCGCCGUUUGGUCACGGGCUUCGGCCAACGAUUGACCACCCCAGCUCGAUAUGCUUCGACUUCAUCAGGACAUAUGUCACCUAAGGAUCGGUCAUUAAUGCGCGGCGUUUUCACUGCAGCGACCGUGGCUACUUUGGGAGGCGUAACAUAUGCAGUAAGUCUACUCGACCUCGUGUUGGAGAUGCUUCCUAUCGGCUUUGCUGCCCCGCGCGUCAAGUCGGAAGCCGCAAGAUCAGGGCACAGAAUGAACAACCGAUUCACCAAGCGGAAUGCCAAUCUCGACUCGUCCAAGUGGUUCUUGGAGGGCGCCGAUGUCAGUAAAUACGUGGACAGCAAGCAUUAG